CUCGCUGCGUGUGGUUUGGCCAGAAGCAUCUUCGGAAUUCCAGACACAGCUUCAAUCAUGUUGCGCUUGCUCCUGUUGCCGCUGUUUCUCUUCACCCUCUCGAUGGCCUGCAUGGGCCAGACUUUCCAGUAUUCUCGCGGCUGGACCAAUGGCAAACGGGCUCCGCCCUCGGCUCUGCUGAACAGUGGCCACAAUCUGGGAAUGUUGGAUGUCUUUGAAAUGCAGGAGAAGCCCAGCGACAUCAAACUGGAUCGUUGCUUGAUGCAGCUGCAGCGUUUGGCGGGCAACGCCCUGUUGCAUCGGUCCUUUGCCAAUGGAUUGGCCUACAAUGGCAACAGACCCGAGCCGACAGAUCUCAACAUUCAUGCCAGACCCAGUGCCAGUGGAAACAACAAUGACACUCCAUUGUAUCCCAGCGUCAAUCAUCAUCAAUCAACUGAGCUGUACGAAGCGGUGCCUGAUCCAGUGGAGCCAGCCGAUUUCGGGAAGCAUUAAGCGCUCAAAUAAGUUGAAAAACACAUUUUAUUGAUGAAUUAUUACUACUAGCAUUAUUCUUAUUAUUGUUAUUAGCAAAAGAUGCUACAAAAAUAUACAAAA